GCCAAUCAGCGUCCCCGCGGCUCCCAGUUGUAAGCCCUCUGCAGAAGCGCGGGGACUCAGAUGGUCCCCCCGACGCCGAGGAUGCGGGUCCUGAGCCCCCCCACCCUCCUCCUGCUGCUCUCGGGGGCGCUGGUCCUGACCCCCAGCUGGGCCGGCCCCCACUCCCUGAGGUAUUUCCGCACCGCGGUGACCCGACCCGGCCGCGGGGAGCCCCGCUUCUUCGCCGUCGGCUACGUGGACGACACGCAGUUUGUGCGGUUCGACAGCGACGCCCCGAAUCCGAGGAUGGAGCCGCGGGCGCCGUGGAUGCAGCAGCCGUGGGUGGAGGAGGUGUACCCGGGGUAUUGGGAGGAGGAGACGGAGACCAGCAAGACGAACGUACAGAAUUACCGACGGAACCUCAACAUCCUGCGCGGCUACUACAACCAGAGCGAGGACGGGUCUCACACCUUCCAGUGCAUGCUUGGCUGCGACAUGGGACCAGAUGGGCGCCUCCUCCGCGGGUACAGUCAGUGGGCCUACGACGGCGCCGACUACAUCGCCCUGAACGAGGACCUGCGCUCCUGGACCGCGGCCGACAUGGCGGCUCAGAUCACCAAGAGCAAGUGGGAGGCUACCCGUUUCCAUGAGCGUAGGAGUAACUACCUGGAGGGGGAGUGCAUGCAGUGGCUCCGCCUUUACCUGGAAAAAGGGAAGGAGACCCUGCAGCGCGCAGACCCUCCAAAGGCACACGUGACCCACCACCCCGUCUCUGAGCGUGAGGUCACCCUGAGGUGCUGGGCGCUGGGCUUCUACCCUGCGGACAUCAGCCUGACCUGGCAGCGUGACGGGGAGGACCAGACCCAGGACAUGGAGCUGGUGGAGACCAGGCCUUCGGGGGACGGCACCUUCCAGAAGUGGGCGGCCGUGGGGGUGCCCCCUGGAGAGGAGCAGAGAUACACGUGCCAUGUGCAGCACGAGGGGCUGCCCGAGCCCCUGACCCUGAGAUGGGAGCCGCCUUCUCACACCUUCAUCUUCAUCAUCAUGGGCAUCGCUGGGGGCCUGGUUCUUCUGGGAGCCGUGGCUGGAGCUGUGAUGUGGGGGAGGAGGCGCUCAGGUGCUAAAGGAGGGAGCUACGCUCAGGCUGCCAGCAGUGACAGCAGCCAGGGCUCUGAUGUGUCUCUCUCGGCUUCUAAAGCGUGAGGCAGCUGCCUUGUGGGACUGAGUGAUGGAAGAUGUAUUCACACUCCCACUUCCUGACUCAACAACCAGCCCUGCUCCCCAUAUCACCUUCCCUAGCCGCCCCCUCCCCCAUCCCAAUGUCUACAUGACUCCACAGGAGACCAGGACACAGUCAUACACUGGACCCUGUUCCCUUGUUCCUGAAUGGACAACGAAAAUGAUGUCCUUUAUUUUUGUGUGGCUUAUCCCCGGGAGAAGUUGUUCUUACAUACAGACAGGAUUCAGGGAAGGUGGUACCUAGGACAGAUAGAGGGACACCAUCAGAACUCUUAACACUGAGGUAAAGGCAAAAGAACACAUCAAAAAUUGGGCAGAAUAAUAAAGAGAAAAUUUAUACAUGAAAA